AUGGAAGAGCUUAAGAGAUGGUCUUUUUACAGAGCUGUCCUUGCCGAGUUUGUUGCUACUCUUUUAUUCCUUUACGUAUUAGUUGCCACUGUUAUUGGUUACAAAAGGCAAACAAGUCCCUCUGACGGCGUCGGUACCCUCGGUAUUUCUUGGGUUGUCGGCGGCAUGAUCUUCGUUCUCGUCUACUGCACCGCCGACAUAUCUGUAACGCUGGGGCUGUUCGCGGCGAGGAAGGUUUUGUUGGUUCGAGCGGUGUUGUACAUGGUGGCGCAGUGUUUGGGAGCUAUUCUUGAUGCGGGUUUAGCCAAGUCUGUCAUGAAGCACCACUAUGAUGCAUUAGGGGUUGGUGUAACAAAACACAUGUUCACGAGUUGUCCGGUUUGGAUGAGAUUCUAA